AUGACGAGGGGCGCCUUGGGGAGUGCUGUCUCCUGGCCGGGAGCGGCUGUGGCCCUCUCAUCGCCGCUGGUCAACACCCUCGUGCAGCCUUCGACUAAGAGCUUUGCGUACUCAACGACACAAUACAUUAACGCACUGCCCGCAUCGUAUUCCUAUGGGAUACGUCCGCAGUUUGCGUACCCAACUCAAGUGACAGCUUUUACACCAUUACCUGGUCUACCGGCGUACUAUCCAGUAGCGAGCGCAUCAUAUUUUCCAUCAAGCAGCGUAGUCUACCCUCAAUUGUCGCCAGUUGCUCCAUUUCAACCUCAACCACCAGCACCAAGUCCACCAAGCGCUCCCAGUGCCCCAGCUUCUCCAGAACAAUCAGCCCCGCUACCCGAACAACCUAAUGGAGACGCGGACACUACAGUGAUCGAGUCCGCAGAUGUUAAGUCCCAACAGGGUCAACAAGAAGAAGCCAGAUCGGAGAAUCCUACUCAGUCACAAUCGACUGAUAGAAUUUCAUCAGAGAGUGAUCGAGCUCAACAGUCCAAUGAAGCAUUAAAUCCUCUAUAUCGGAACCCACAAGUCGCCCAAUUAGCUGCAUUCCCUUCAAUUCCUCAAUUUCCACAAGGAAGCCGACAGCUUCCACAGUUGCCACAAGGAAUCCCACAGUUCCCACAGUGGCCACAAGAAAGCCCGCAGUUUCCACAGUGGCCACAAGGCAGCCCACAAUUACCACAAUUUCCCCAACUGCCACAAUUCCCUCAACUGCCGCAGUUCCCCCCUUCGCAAGGCGGCGCGUCUCCGCCACAGGCGCCGCAACUACCGUCUUUACCCCAGUUCCCUCCUUCACAAGGUGCUCAAACACAGCCUCAGCUCCCACAAUUACCUUCGUUACCACAGUUUAACCCCUCUCAAGGCGGCUCAUCCUCACCCCAACUUCCUCAACUACCAUCAUUCCCCCAGUUCUCUCCUUCCCAAGAAGGCUCAACUUUUCAACAACUGCCACAAAUACCGUCAUUCCCUCCCUCCCAAGGGGGCUCGACGUCACAGCAACUGCCACAAAUACCCUCAUUCCCUCAGUUCCCUACCUCUCAGCUGCCAUCAAGUUUUCCAUCAGCAGAUAACUCAAACAAAGGUCUAAACGACGAAGAUACAAUUGCGGUGGAAUCCGCU